CGCUUCCUACUCGCUGCUCUCUCUACUCUACUCUACUCUCAAUCUUCUCUCCUCUCCCUCUCUCCUCUCCUCUUCUCUUCUCUCACUUGAUCUACUCUCCAGAUCGACUUUCAACUAAAACUACUUCCUCUCCUUUUUCAUCUUCCUCCUCUUCUCCCCCCACCCCCCGCCUCUCGUUCUAAUUCACAUCCUAAUCUCUCAUCUCCCCUCUACCUUUCCCUCCCAUCUUCGUCCUCUCUCCUCUCUCUCCUCUCUCCUCUCUCCGCUUCCUUACCUCCCCUCACGGCUUCCCCUCCCCCCUCCGCGAUACUCCCCUCUAUAUCGCGCACCGUGUCCCACCUAAGCCCUCGCCAUGGAGGGCUUCGAUACCAUGGCCAUGCCGCCCUAUCUGGCCAGCCCGCUUUCUCUCGGCAAUCUGCAGGGCACCGACUACCUCAAUGCGAUGCCAGGAUUGGAUCUCCCAGAUCACCGCUCCAACUUCGACUCCGAGACAUUUGUCAGUGACGACCUGGCUUUCACCCAAAAUAACCUAUCGCACUCGUUAAAGCGCUUCCCCUCGGGCUAUGACGACCCAUUCACCGAUAUGGUCGCUCCAUUCGACCCGGUACCUCCAGAGCAGCAACAGGACUCGUCAAUCGACCACAAUAACAAGCUGUUGAGCUUCUCCACUCCGCUCUACCACUUCACCUUACUCGACUACUCCAUGCGCCGGACCUCUCUCUCGGUCUCUGCCCAGCUGCAUGGCAUGUUCUUCUUGGCCGAGUCUCCCUACACCACAUCUCCGUCCGAGAAUGCCCCGCCCCAACAAGGUGCCGAAUUGACAUGUUAUCGUCGCAACCUCUUUCAAAUUACCGGUUCAGUCACCUUGCCCCGAGGCAUGCGCUACAUCAUGACCGAUCAGGGCGAUCGUAUCCCCAUUCUGGCACAAGAAUUGACCGUCUCCGCGACGGAGUCUGUGGAAGGAAACCCCGUGAAGAUCAUCUCCGUGCCUUGGAAGACUCCCUCCGCUGCUGCUGCCAACGCAGGCACCGCUCUCGAAGAUACCACCCCGACGGGUGCCGCCAAGGUUGAGAAGGAACCCCCACCAAUCCCGCUUGAUAUUAUGGCCGGCCAGGACUUGGACACCGACUAUGCCACUUUCCCGAUCGCAUGGAAGCGUUUGCAGUUCCGUGUUGCUACUGCUAAUAACGGACGCCGGAAGGAAUUGCAGCAACAUUUCGUCGUACGGCUCAAGGUGGUUGCGACGUUAUCUACGGGAGCGAAGAUUGCGAUUUCCGAGGUGCAAUCCGGACCCGUCAUCGUUCGUGGCCGCAGCCCACGCAACUUCCAGUCUCGCAAGGAUCUCCCAUUGAGCGGCAGUGCCGCUGCAUCCCGCAAGAACCAGGCUAAUUCUGCCGCGGCUGCGCUCAACCGCACCCCGACCAACGAGUCUGCACCCCGUCGCGCCAGCGUAACCCCGGCCAAGAACAAGGCCCCCUCGGGCACGGUUCAAAGUAGCUCCCCCGAGACUACCUCCGUCCCUCCUCCAUCCAUGAUGCAACAAUCACAAGCCACUGCCGACUGGACUCCUAUACCUCAGUCCAGCUCCAACCCCGUAAUGUCUCACUCCCAUCAUCAACCUCUCUUCCCGCAUUCCAGCCCAGAGCAACUUUCCCAGGCCGCCGAAUCCCAGCGCCGCGUCAGUAGUACGACGGCAGCAGCAGCAGCGCCGAUUAAUCUGUCUCUCCUGGAUGAAGAUGAUGGCAGCAGCCAUAUGGACCAGAAGAUUAUGCAGCCUUAUACCAACGAGAUGCCUCAACAACGGUCUAUAAGCAUGGAUCAAUCCGCCCAACCCCCAGCCAAGAUGCGCAAAAUGUCCCACGGUGUCGCGCAGAACUCUUCUCGCAGUGCUACCUCGUCUCUGCCGCUUCUCGAGACCGCCAAUCUUCCCCAGCAGUUUGUUUCGUCUCUGCCCUUUCCCAAUGAGGGCACGGACUUCCUUUACGAAUACUUCCCUCUCGGUCUGGAUGAUUGGCAAGCCCCGGUUGAUGCUGUCUAUCGACCCCAUGUCGUUCAUCAUACGAAUAUGCCUGAGAUGAAAUUUGUUGCUGGCUCCAGGGGUCGCAGCAAACGCUAUUUCGCCGCCGAGGACGUCUUCUGAAAAGAAUAAUUGGCGCUGGGCAGGUGUUUGUCUUUCAUCCUCUCCUUUUUUCAUUUGGAAUAUCUUGGUUUCGAAGUUUGGGCUUUUAUCCCAAUCAUCUAUCUGGUCGCAUCUGCAUAUUUGCACAUUUGGAUAGGAGUUUUGAGGGACUUUCCACUCCUAUAUCAAGUCUCCUUUUAGAGCUUUGCUCCUCAUCUUUGGUAUGAGGAAACAAGCAUGUUCUAUUCUCCCACCGUUUUCAUACCCUUGUAUCAGGGGGUUUUGUGUUGUUGAAUUGUUUGUUUGGGAUCGCAAAUGAUAUGUGAUACGCUACGUCUGGUCUGGGCUCUGUUUUUGCCCUGGUUUUUGGGGG